GUAAACGGAAUGAAAUAAAAGCGGCGAAAGACAAGAGAGAGAGAGAGAGAGAAAGAGAAUUCAAUUUCACAUCUUCUCACAAAAAGAAAAUUUCAAAAAUUUCUCCAGGUCAUGUAAUAAAUUCUGAUUCCCUCAUUAAUCACAAACCUCUUCUUCCCGUGCCCAGAACCUCAGUUUCAUCUUUGUCUCAAUCCAGAAAAAAGAGAGUCAAUUCGAAUUCUCAUCUUUCUUCUGUGUUUGAAUUUGAUUAACCCAUCAAUCAAAACAUCUUCUCUCCCGUUCCCAAGAGCUCAACAAAUCUCUCCGAAUUUGAUCUGAAUCAAGAAGUUUUAUUACUCUCUCUACAUGAUCUUUUCAUGUCUUCUUGUCUUCUUGUCUUCUCGUUAGCUAAUGAUUGAAGAUUUUACUUUCUCGGAAAAAACAAAAAACAAAAAGAAAAAAAGCUCUCUCACCUUUAAACUGUUUCAAAAUCUUGAAUUCAUCCUUCUCCCCCACUUAGAUCAUCCUUCUUCUUCCUCCUCCAUUGAUGGGUAACUCAAAAGACAGGAUCAAAUUCAACGUAGGCGGUCGAAUCUUCGAAACGACGUCAACAACCCUCGCAAACGCAGGCCGCGACUCCUUCUUCGGCGCCCUGUUCGACGACGACUGGAACCUCUCUCCACCACCCACCAAACAAGACCAUCUCUUCUUCAUCGACCGUAACCCAGACUGCUUCGCCGUCCUCCUCGACCUCCUCCGCACCGGAGACCUCAACCUCCCCGCCACCAUCCCGGAGCGUCUCCUCCACCGAGAAGCCUCCUUCUACGGCCUCCUCCGCCACGUCAGAACCGCCAGAUGGGGCCCCUUCGACGGCAACCGUCUCCGUCUCUCCGAUUCCGUCAAAGGAAUCGCCCCCGGAGACGGAACCGCCGUCAGGGCGGGCCCCGACGGCGGCUGCUGCGUCGCGCACGGGAGCGUCGUCCACGUGUUCGACUGGAUGCUCGAGGAGCACUGUCCGAUCAACCUCGAUUACCAGAGGGUCAACGAUGUUGGCUGGAUCGACUCGGACAACAUCGUCCUCUCUGCCUGCGAGAAGCUGGGCAGAGGGGACGGUGGGAUGGGUCUGUUCAGCUCGUCAACCGGCGAUCUCCGGUAUAAGUUUCAGGUAUGCCAUGAGAAUCAAGUGAAGAGCUACACCGCUGGGGCUUUGAGUUUUAAUCAGGACUAUAAGAUCUUCUCGAGCUGCAAAGGUAGGAGUAACGAGUACGGCAUCGGGGUUUGGGAUCAGAUAACCGGUAAGCAAACCGAUUUCUUCUACGAGAGUACCGGUUGGUCGCUUGGUGAUGCGGACAAGCUUCAGUGGCUCAACGGUUUGAACUGUCUUCUUGUGGCCACCUUGUUCCCGAGGAAAGACAACUGUUACAUCAGUCUGCUUGAUUUUCGGGACAAGAACAUGGUUUGGUCUUGGUCGGAUAUCGGGUCUCCCAUGGCGAUAGACGAGAAGAGGGUGAGGGAUGCGAUAGCUAUGGAAGAUAGCAGCUCGAUCUGCGUGGUGAAUGAGUUUGAGGAUUUGGGGUUUAUUGAUCUGAGGAUGUAUGGAGGAAGCGUGAGGUGGAGUUCGAGGAGCAGGUUGAUGAAAAGCAAGAUGCCUGACGAGCCUUGUUACCCGAAGCUGGCGUUGCAUGAAGGCCAGCUUUUCUCUUCGAUGAAUGAUUCUAUCUCUGUGUUUUGUGGACCGGAUUGGGUUUUGACUUCUAGGCUGAGGAGAAGUUAUGGUGGUUCGAUAUGUGAUUUCUCCAUUGGUGGGGAUCGGCUUUUCGCGUUGCAUAGCGAAGAGAAUGUGUUUGAUGUGUGGGAGACUCCGCCUUCUCCGAUCAUCUGAUUUGAUUCAUUAAUGCUCUGGUCUGUUAUUUUUUCAUGUUUGCUUGGUUUUGGUUUGUGUUUUUAUUACAGUUCUUAGAGAAGUAUUGAAAUGUAGCUAUAGACAAAGAAUACUACAGCCUUAGACUGAUCCUAGUUUUGUUCUAUACAAAAUAUAUUUUCUUGUGAGACCUUACGACUGUUCAAAAGAACAAACUAUACUGAUUUUAUCGA